UCCCUCCCCGCGGUGUGCUGGGGCGGAGGCGGGGAGGGCAGGGGCGCGCUCUUCCCGGCCCGCCGCCACCUCGGAGCCGCGGUCCGUUCGCCGUCGGGGGUCUCGCGAUGGGCAGCAGCGCCGUGGACCUGGACAAGCAUAGCCUGGCGCUGCUGGCCGCCAAGAGCGACGUGGUGAGCGGCCGAGCGGCCGCCAGCUGGGCUCUCUUUGGCUAUGAAAAGUCCAACGAGCUGAAGCUCCUUGACUCGGGAGGUGGGGGUCCGGAUGAACUUGCCAAGCGCUUCCAAAACGGGCGCAUCAUGUAUGGGUUGUGCCGCCUGUCUGAAUCCGCUGCAGGGAUGCCACACAUUGUCCUGAUCCGUUGGGUUGGCGAGAAAGUCCUGGACUCGCAGCAAGAAGCAUGUGCUGGGCACCUGCCAGCCAUCCGGGCCUUCUUUAAGGGCACCAACUACCAGAAGACCAACCCGCUCCUGGAGAUCCUGCACACCAGGAGAAGCUCCUUCUGGGUGCAGGCAGAGCGGGAAGAGGAGCAGCGGCGAGCCCUGGAGGAGCAGAGGCGCUGGGAGCACCAGCGCAUGGAGGAGGAGUGCCGGGAGGCAGCCGAGCGGGAGCGCCGGGUGCAAGAGAAGGAGCAGCUUGUCCAGGAGCAGAGGAAGCAGCAGGCCCAGCGGGAGGCAGAGGAGCAUUGCUGGGAAGAGGCCCGUCGGCGGGAGCAAGCAAAGGCGAUUUCUCGGACGAGUCCUUGGAGCCAGGCAGGAAAGAGCGCCCUGCAGGAUCCUGCGGCUGGGCCGGGUUCGCAGCAGCCCCACCACCCAUGGGACUCCUUCCAGCAGAGAGACCGGCCAGGCUGGGCUUCGGGGGACCCAGGGCCAGGAAUGCCACGGCGCUGUUUUCUCCGCUACCAGCGCAGCCUCACGGAAUCCGCUUACAUCUUCCGUCUUCCAGAUCCAGAUCUCUCCGGCAGCUUCCAGGCCUCACCCCCUGCCAUCGGCCCCAAGCCCGGCACUCCCACCUCUGACCCCGAGGGGAGGCUUCCCAGCACCGGCAGCCUGCCUCAGCCAGCUUUGCCAUCCACCAGCAGCCUGCUGGCUCUUGCUCACUGCGAAACAGAGGCAGCGCCCCCACGCAGUACCCCCUGCCCGGCACCCCCAGCCCUUGCGUGUGCUUUGAAUGGUGCUGAAGCUGAGCCUGCCUCCCCCCCUCUGCCGCCCGGCCCCUCCCCCUCCCCCAAGAACGAAUUCGAACCCCCUCGGGGGCAGGGGUGCUCUCCCCUUGCUGCCCCCUGCGGGGAAGCCCUGUCCCCCAGCCCAGCCACCUCUGGAAGGGCAGCAGGCUGGGCAGAGCUGCCCGGCGACAGUGGCGGCCGCCCCAGAGCAAACCCUCCCCCAAGCGCUCUUCCAGGGGGGACGGUCCCCACAAAAGGUAAGCCCGCCUCCCUGCGCCUUGCUCGAGGGGCAGGGUGGGCAUCCGAAGGCCGGUAGCAGAGGCCGCACCACGUGCACGGCCAGCUUGGGAGAAGGGCAGGUGGCUGGGUUCAUGUGGCGGGUUCAGGUUUAGUAGUGCUGGAGGGUGCAAACAGCCAGAAUAUGGGGGGCAGCCCCUGCUUGGGCUUUGCGGCUCUCAGUGCCCUCCCGCUGGCACCCUUCUGCCACAGCUGGGGAUCCUGCCUCCUGGGAAGUGGGGGGCCCUGCAAGCGGACCGCCUCCAGUUCGGUCGUGUGAUGCAAACCCUGCCCUGGAGAACCCUCCAUUUCUCUUGCUUGUUUACGAAUUACUGGGCUUGGCCUGUGGCUAACAAAAUGUGCCUCCUUUGGUUCAGGGAUCGGGCCUCAGGUGUGGAGGAUGCCCAUAAGAUCAGGCCCUGCCCCCCCCCCUCCUUCCCUAGGUGCUGCUCCAGGCUGUGCCGGGUCCGUCCUGCCUUCUGUGCGCAAUGGGACAGGAGGAGAGAGAUGGCGUGGAGAGCA